UUAUGUCGCGUCGUGCAGUUGUUUCAGGUUCAUUAUAGACAGACAAAUACAUUUCCGCCGUUACCCUGUCGCGUGCGUCGCACCUGGUUAGGACAAGGAUUUAGGAUUAGAGUUUAGAAAAGACCAUUAGCUCAAAAUACAAACAAUAGAAGUCAAUGGAAAGUCCUCACCGUAGAAAACCAAACGUCUGUGUCUUUGUUAAAUAGAAACAAAGAGAGCAAGACGGAGAGGGGGAAUCAUAUGUCAUAUUCAAUUUCAAAUCCACGCCUUCAGCCUCUAUAUACCAAUUAUGCGGCUUUUCUGAAUGCUAACAUUCAAAUGUGAGUUUAUGCACCUUGCAGGCAAAGUUUCAAGGGAACUGCCACCCACCACAUCUCCGAGGAGUAGCGGCAGGAGUAGAAGAGAAGAAAGACGUUCACGAUCGCCUCAUUUCUACACUUGUACUUUCAUAAAGGUGGACGAAGCUGAUGGACGUGAUAUUUAAUGCAGACAACUGUCCGUUAACCUGCACGGGCAGUUAGAAUGGUCCGGCUUUGUCGAGGAGACGGAGGAACGUUACAUGUGUUGCCCUGCGUAAGGAAGCAGUGUGAAAGAAAACAGAUUUCUAUUGCGCUUAUAGUUCAACGCAUCUGUAGAAUCGCGCGCAUCGGUCAAGUCAUGUCUUUUGAAUUCCGAAUACUGAUGUUUGGAAUCGGGACAGCCCUGGUUAUAUUUGUGAUUAUAGCUGAUAUAUCGGAAGUGGAGGAAGAAAUCGCGAACAUUGAGGAUUCACAGAAGUUUCACUUAAAAAGCUUUGUACUUCAGUCCAACAGAAAUUCAGUCCUGAAUGCUGCUUCUACUUCACUGGUCACAUAUAGAAAGAGCAAAGUUUCUUCUUCUCCAAUUCCACUGCCAGGCAUAAAUAGCAAAACCAGCAAUUCAUCCUCAUCUGAAUGGACCUUUAACAGAACCUUGACUAACCUCAUCAGGAAAAACAUUUUGAGGUUCCUGGAUGCUGAGAGGGACAUCUCAAUUCUUAAGAGCACUUUUAAACCUGGGGAUGUAAUUCAUUAUAUAUUUGACCGCCAGAGCACCACAAACAUCUCUGAUAAUUUGUACCACCUUUUGCCGACGGUGUCUCCAAUGAAGAACCAGCAUUACAAACAAUGUGCCAUCGUAGGGAACUCUGGGAUAUUACUGAAUAGCAGCUGCGGCAGAGAGAUUGAUUCACAUGACUUUGUCAUUAGGUGUAACCUGGCUCCAGUGGAGGAGUAUGCAAUUGAUGUGGGCCUGCGCACCAGUCUGGUGACUAUGAACCCUUCUGUGGUGCAGCGUGCUUUUCAGGACCUGAACAGUGAGGAGUGGGUGCAGCGCUUUGUCCACAGGCUGCAGAGCCUCAGCGGGAGUGUGCUGUGGAUCCCUGCCUUCAUGGCUAAAGGAGGAGAGGAGCGAGUGGAGUGGGCCAUCCGCCUUAUUCUUCUGCAUACUGUGAACGUCCGCACCGCCUUCCCCUCCUUGCGUCUGCUCCAUGCUGUCAGGGGGUACUGGCUGACCAAUCAUGUCCAGAUCAAAAGACCCACCACCGGACUCCUGAUGUACACCAUGGCUACACGCUUUUGUGAUGAGAUCCACUUGUAUGGCUUCUGGCCUUUCGCUCAUGAUCCUGAUGCCAAACCGGUCAAGUACCACUACUACGACACGCUAACUUACCACUACACAUCCAGUGCCAGUCCGCACACAAUGCCUUUGGAAUUUCGAACUUUAAGUGCUCUUCACAGACAGGGGGCGCUGCGGCUGCACACGGGACCCUGUAAACUUCCAACAUGAGCUUUUGCAGCCUCAUUCCAAAAUGGUUUCAUACACUGGACCUUAUACAUGCAGAGAGAAAGAAAUCCUCUAUGGAUUACCUGAAUAUUUUAGGUAAAUCUCUGACCAAAUGUGAAACUGCAAUAUAUGAACGGGGGGAUUUUUUUCUUUUAGAUUUCUUUCUUUUGAAGCGUUCAACUUUAAGAAGGUUUUUAAUCUCUAAUUAAGGCUAUUUUAUUUAAAAAACAAAAAACAACAAUUGCUAUUGUUUUAUUUGUUCAUAUCCCAUGUUUUUAACAUGAUUCAUUAAGUGUCUUAUUUGUCCAGAUUUUGUUUUAUGUCAUAUUUGGCCACAAGGUGGAAGCAUAUCUGAAAGGGUAAAAAGAGAGGUUCUUUUUGUCUUUAGUCUAAGCUUUUUGGGACAAUUUUUGUUUAAAAAAGAAAGUCUUAAUUGAGAAUGUCUUUUAUUUGUUGCCUUUACAGUCUAUGUGUCUGUUGAGCCCACAGACAGCAUGACUGAAUGUAGGACUGUUGUGUCAGUUGUUAAAUUGAACAUGGUACAAUUUAGACUUGAUUAACAUUUUAAAUGUUUAAAGGGGUUUUACCACUACGUUGCUACAUACAUUCUUUUAGACGAUACUUUGGACAAUAAUUUAGUGCCUCAAGUGGGAGAUGAUGUUAUGUUGCAUCAUGUGACACUUGAUAAAGUUGCCUUAGAAAGACAUAGUGAGUAGUGUUGUGACCAUUAGCAGGCAGAAAAACUUUUGCAUUGAUGUGCAGUAAUACUUGUGGAACAUGUGCACUGCAACUGUCUGAACACACUGGUGUAGUUGAACAUGUUUGCAGUGAGGCAGCUAUCAGAGCGUGUGCAGCUUCAUGCUGAGAUACUGAAGCCAAAUCCAGUUGACACCCAGCUGUUCACACACUCUUGUGUACUCAAGAUGGUCAACCGUGAAAAGACGUUCAGUGUGUAAACUGUGGAAUUUGUUAAAGCCACAUAGUAGCUGUGUUUCUAUCUACUGAGGGUUUUUC